CACUUCCGCUAAAGGCAGAGACCGGGGGAAAGUUGUUUCCUGAAGUUCUCUCUCCGCGGAUCAUUUCUGCGCCAAACCCUGACAUUUCUACAAAAUGACUGUGCAACUUUAUUCAGAGUUGGUGUAAUCUGGUUUCCCUUCAAGACUGGAUGUAGGCGAAGUCGUACGCGCGCCGGGAUGAGCUCAAAGACGGAGGAUUCAGGGUCAGACCUGCGUGCCCAGCUGGAGGAGUGCAGGGCGCAGGUGGAGCACUGGCAGGGCGUGGCCACUAUCUGUGAGCUCAGCAAACAGGAGGAACUCGCAGAGCUGCAAAAACAAUGUGACCAAGAAAUACAGUCCCUACAGGAGGCACUAAGAGAAACUGCUGCUCAGUAUGAAGCCAGGAUCGCCUUUUUGCAGUCACAGCACUCCGAGUCCCGAAGAGCCAGUGGACACAGUCUGAGUUCUGGAAGAAAAGGCCGUAAAGAGUCAGAAUCACCCCCAGCCACAAACAAGCCCAGGUCGGCCAGUGAUCCACAAGGGCCCCCGGAGAGAGCAGGUCUGGCCCCAGAGCCCGAGGAGGCCCUGAUCUGCACAGAUAGUUUCUUCUCACUACGCAACUGUGACUCUGCGUCGCUCUCAUCCUUUUCAAUGGACACGCCUUCACUGCCCAGGAAACCACAUGCACAAGAUGACACGGACUCCCUGGUGUCCACUGGCACUUUGGUACCAGAGGCCAUCUACCUGCCCCCUGCUGGACACCGGCUGGUAUCACACGGCGACUGGGACGCACUACACGCACAGUUGUCAGAUUUGCGCGCAGAGGUGAGCCGGCUGGAGUCUGAAAAGGAAAAUCUGGAAAAAGAACUGGACACACAGACCAACCAAACACACAAACAGGUUUCAAAGCUACAGUCUCAGGUCAAAGCCUCCGAGUCCCUUUUAAAAGACUUGCACAAAUCCUUCAGCCAGUCUCAAAACGCGGUGCAGAGUCGGCUGGCGGAGCUGUCCCUGUCCCAGAGGAGGAUGCACAGUGAGCUGAGCAGACUGAGGGGGGAGGAGGUGGAGCUGGAGGAGAACAUGGAGGCCUCCGCUCUUAUCCCAACACUACAGGGAGCACACUGCGAGGAGCGCCUUCGCAUUGAAAUAGUGAAUCUGAAGGAGCAACUAGACUCGCGGACAGAAGAAAACGAAGUUUUAGAGGUGCAGUUUUCCAGUCUAAAAACAGAGACGGACAGGAUCCAGGCACAGAAGGACCAGCUGCAGGCCGAUCUGCUCACCUGUCGCACCGAGCUGGAGGCCCUGCGGGUGGCGCUCUCACACGUACAGAGCACCAACAAGAGCCUGACUGCUGACAAGGCGUCCCUCCAGCAGCAGUGUCUGGAGCUGCGCAGCCAAGUGAUCAGUCUGCGCUCACAGGUGGACACCAGCCAGACUGUGCAGAGGGACUUUGUGCAGCUGUCCCAGGCUCUGCAGGUGAAGCUGGAGUUGAUCCGACAGGCUGAGACUCUGGAGCAGGUUCGGGGGAUCGUGGAGGACGCCGUCAGUGAGGAUUUAGCGACGUCCACAGAAGCGACAUAGUUUUAGAAAUAUAACACCAACAUGAAGCAUUCCAGGUGUUCAAGUUUAAGGUCACAUAUUAUGCUAUAAUUUUACAUUUUAGAGGUUUAACCAUGUUUAUUAAAGCCAAUCUACAUAAUCUUUAUCUUUAAAGAAAUCUUUAUAUCAAAAAUAAUGUGAGGACAGAACUAGUUCAUUUUAAAUAGUUUGCAGUGGACCAAAAAUGUACCCUAGUGCAUUCUGAGCAUUCUAAUUAUAGACUGAGAUGAGUUUAUGAGCACUUUCACAAUCUUGAGAGGCCAGAGCAGAGUUUUUAUCACUGUAAUACUUGCAACAACUAACCUGGUUACAAUGAAACCUAAAAGACGAAGAGCUGCUUUUACAAUAAAUCUGUACUGUACUUCUUUAUUACACGAACAAAACUGGGUGCUACCCCUUUAACACAGUUUGUUUUUCAAUUCAACAAUUGUAGCUUAUUAAGAGUAGUGCCUUUCUGUCCUCGGACCACUUUCCGCUGUUGCCAGUAGGGGGCGACAUUCACAUCAUCCAAGUGAAAAAUAUAACUUGCUGCUGACCAAAGACGGUUUUCAUGUAUUUAAGUUAAAGUAAAGUACAAAAUGAAAUACUAACACUUUAGGUUUUGUUAUAGAUGUUAUGUUAUCUGCCUUAAUGUUCCACAGUUUGGUAUUAAAUAAAUUUUCAUGGAGAUAAGGUGACGCCAUCAGGCAAAGUUACAAGCCAGCUCUGAGGAGAGGCGACCCUGCUCACUCACAGUAAGAAUCAGGGUUCCCACGGUCAUAGAAAGUCUGGAAAAUUCAUGGAAAAAUGUCAUUUUCUAGGCCUGGAAAAGUCAUGAAAUGAUGUAAAUUCAAUAUAAGUUUUGGAAAAGUCAUGGAAUUUUAGUAUCUCUUUCAUGCAACUAGAUUAGACUAUUAUUUUCGAACGUAUGUGCCUUUUUUUUUUAAAAAGACGACAAUAAAUUAGAGCUGCUCGAUUAUUGAAAAAAAUCACGAUUAUUUUGGUCAAUACUAAAAUCAUGAUUAUUGAAAUUAUUAUUUUUGAAGUUACAUGAUCCAUUUAUUCAGCAUUUCUCUCUCAAAAAACACUGAUCAUUUACACAAAACUUUCACUUUGAAAAUAAAUACAGGCUACAAAUAUGAACCUUAGAGCAGUUUUGUGAUGUAUAAAACAUAAAAUGAAUAGAUUAUACUUUGAACAUGAAAUAAGACAUAGAAAAACAUAAAUAUAUCCAAAAUAAACUAUAUAUCCAGCUGUUCUACAAUCUAUAUUUUAAAAAAUAAAAUAAAUCUACGUAUUUAUAUAAAAAAUAUCCCAAAAUAAACUUAAGUUGUUUACUUGUUAAGCUUUAAAUCGUUUCAACUGGAUUAUAUGAGUUUGGAGAUUGCGAUCAGAGUUUGAUUAAUUGCACAGUCUUAAAUGCACAGACAGGAUUUUGAAUGUUAAAAAACUAUAAUAAACCAUAAGGUGAGUGGAAAGGGUUAACAUUUCAUAUUUAUCCCUAAAAGUCUGAUCAAUUCUACACAUGUAGGUGCUCUAAACUCAUGGAAAAUUCACUUGAAAUUUUGUGAAAAAAGCAGGAACCCUGAAGAAUGUUUGUUUUUCAAUGUAGUUUUAAGCACUCAAGACUGCAUUUGAAUGAAAGCAAGGCUGAUAUGUUUAAUGCCAUACUGUGGAACAUUCCAGGCAAAGAAAUAAUAACAAACAUGUAGCAGACACUCCACCAGAAAGUUAUGUAAUACACUUUAAAGUAAUAAUAGCAUAACAUGUGACCCUUGCACCAGUUCUAAACACUGAGGCCAUAGUAGAGUGGUGCUACCUACUACAUUCCAUAUUAUGAUUUUAUUUAUUCUUUUUUGUUGGCUUACACUGCCAGUAUUUUUAAUCAGCUCUGUAAAUGCAAUAGCACAGACACUAUUUCCCAAGCUACACAGGGGUAGUUUGUGUAUAAAAAGUAUUUUGUGAAUGAAAACACUGACAAAAGCAAAAAAACGCAUUUCGUUUUUUAACACAUUAAACAGACGAAGUGUAUUUUUAACAUUAACGUGUGUAGACAUUGGCCGUGUCUUGUAUUAAAAACCCAAAGAAUCAUGCAAUAAAAUAAAUGUUUGUUAUUUUGGAUAGAUCUUAAAGGGCUCAUAUUAUGCAAUUUUCUGUUGUUUUAAUGUUGUUUCCUCAUCAAAAACAGACCCAGAGUUGUGUUUAGUUUCAUUCACACAAAUCCUGCUUAGUUGUGGUAAUACAGGAAGGACUCCACUAUGUUUUUAAAUGCCAUACAACUUCACUAAAAUCAUUUGGAUAACUUCAGCCCUGGAAUUGCCAAUAUCUGCUGAACAAAAGGUAAAAAAGUAGCUUUUAACUUGAAAACUACUGCUUCAUCGAACAGAGCAGUUUGAGCUUCGGACAUGUAGACAGACAUAAAUAAACACAACUCCAGGUUGAAGAGAUAACAGCAUUAUAACUUGGCUUAAAGCUCACAAGAGUCAAUUUUGUGUAAUACAGGAGCUUUAACAAAGUGCCAUUUUCAAUAUUGCAUCAGGACAAAUGAAUCUGUUGUUAAAAUGAAGGUAAACAGCGACACACUUGUCAGAGAUUGAAAAUGUGAAUGAUAAAAUAAACAUACAUGUGUA